AUGAUUGAAAAUGCUGUUGAUAUGAACAGAAGCACUUCAAAUCAACAAUACUUUUCUCUGAUGUUCCCCAAACCCGUACGCCCAGGGAAGAAAUGGAGAUCAACCCCAUCUGAAAUAAAAGAAUAUGCAAAGGGGGAUGCAGUAAUUGAUAAUCAGAAAGAAGCUCCUAUGUGGAUGGCACGUUCUUUACUAAAAAUCUCUGAGAAACCUUCUGCGUAUUUAGCUGCCAGAAGAAAGCCCCCAUUUUUCACAAGUCCAAAAACCACAACAAAAUCCUUAAGCUCAUCUUCAAGAGAGACAAUAAAUACACAGAUGACAGGAAAAUACCAAAUAGUGAAAACAUCAAAAAAUGCAGCAAGCACACCAGAUGAGAAAGUAGGUAAACUACUAGAGACAGCCAGCAACGCUUCAAGCGAAGCAUCCAACAUUGAGUCUGAAGAUUCAGGAAUCAUGAAGAAAAAGAUUAGCAAGGAGUCAGGCACUGACAACAAGGAUGUGGAUAAGAAAAAUAAAGACUUAGAUAAGAAAAAAUGUUCAGAGACUGAUACUGAACCCUGUAAUUCAAAGGAUGAGAAGCCACGAAAAAAGAGAAGGAAUAUAUUUAAUCGCGGCAAGAAGAAAGACAAGGAAUCAAAGAAAAAACAGAAGGAUUCAGACACCGAAAUCAAAGAUACCACAAAGAAAGACAAAGAUGCAAAGAAAAAAUCCAAGGAUUCAACUACCGAAUUCUCAAAUUCAAAAAAGGUGGACAAAGAGUCAAAAAAAAAAUCAAAAGAUAAGAAUGUUGGAGGCAAAGUUGAAAAGAAAUAUAAGGUUUUGAGGAUAAAAUCCAAGGAUUCAAGCACUGGAUCUAAGUCUACAAAGAAGAAAGGGAAGAAGCCAAAGAAGAAAUCCAAAGAUUUGAACAAGUCCAUGAAUUUAAAGAAGAAACAUAAGAAAUCCAAGGAACACAGUUCUGAAUCUGAAGACUUGAGUAUUUUAAAGAAGAAAGGCAAGGAUGGGAAGAAAAAGGGCAAAGGAUCAGACACUGAAUUACAAAAUGGAGAAGAAAAAUGGGAUGCAUUUAAAUCAACAGGUGGCACAUUCUCCCUCGGGGGCUUGACCUCCCAACAGAUAAUAUCUCUACUUGGAAGGCCUGGGUCUGGAAAAGCACCUCUGCCAGAAGCCCAGUGGAUCCAGAAACUGAUUUGA